AGAAUGCUGAUAAUGUUCAGUUAGUCGAGCUGUGUUCUCGCUGGAAUCUUGGGGCCGAGGCGCUCUAAGCGAACAGGGGGCCUUGCUGUCUUUUUGCAGUAUCCACGCUAAUGAAUUAGAGCCUCAAGAAGAGAAGCGAAAGACAGAAAUGGACUGACAAGAAGAAAUGCUGAAAACAAGGGUGCCUACUUUAAAAUUUUAAGACGGAGAACACGGAAGGGCGAGCGCUUCUUUCUGAUUGGCCGGCGGACGUUGUUGAGGGCCCACACAGCUUCUUCGAUUGCCCAAGCCCGGAAGGAGGUAGCAAAAAAACUUGGGGGACUUUACAUCCGGGAUCUCCUCGGGGCGUGACCUGCAUACCGCCUACGGCCCUCGAACCAGUGCCUAAAUCUCUAUCCGGGCCUCGCAGCUCCCGUCGUGCUCCGCGCAGUACAGUAGCCCCCCUCAUCCGGGUUCUAUCCCAUCGUGCUUCGCGCUGAGUUUGCUGGGGGGUACUUGGCGGUGCCGCCAUGACUAUUCUCCCCAAAAAGAAGCCGCCACCUCCCGACGCUGACUCCACCAACGAGCCGCCGCCGCCUGGGCCGCUGCCCCCAGCGCCGCGUCGCGGCGGGGGUGUGGGCGUGGGCGGCGGCGGCACUGGCGUGGGUGGUGGCGACCGCGACCGCGACUCGGGCGUCGUAGGUGCCCGUCCCCGUGCUUCACCACCACCCCAGGGCCCACUACCGGGGCCCCCUGGCGCACUCCAUCGGUGGGCACUCUCCGUGCCUCCAGGAGCAGUGGCAGGCCCUCGUCCACAACAAGCCUCUCCACCUCCUUGCGGAGGUCCGGGUGGUCCCGGCGGCGGUCCAGGUGACGCGCUUGGCGCAGCAGCCGCGGGGGUGGGCGCGGCGGGCGUGGUGGUGGGCGUGGGAGGCACCGUGGGCGUGGGCGGCUGUUGUUCGGGACCGGGGCACAGCAAGCGACGGCGACAAGCUGCCGGGGUUGGCGCAGUUGGCGGGGGCAGUCCGGAGCGAGAGGAGGUCGGCGCUGGCUACAACAGUGAGGACGAAUACGAAGCUGCUGCAGCGCGCAUUGAGGCUAUGGAUCCUGCCACGGUGGAGCAGCAGGAGCAUUGGUUUGAAAAGGCCCUGCGAGACAAGAAAGGCUUCAUCAUCAAGCAGAUGAAGGAGGACGGCGCCUGUCUAUUCCGGGCUGUAGCUGACCAGGUAUAUGGUGACCAGGACAUGCAUGAAGUUGUGCGAAAGCACUGUAUGGACUAUUUGAUGAAGAAUGCAGACUACUUCUCCAACUAUGUCACAGAAGACUUCACAACCUAUAUCAACCGGAAGAGGAAAAACAAUUGCCAUGGCAACCACAUUGAGAUGCAGGCCAUGGCAGAGAUGUACAACCGCCCUGUGGAGGUGUACCAAUAUAGCACAGAACCUAUCAACACAUUCCACGGAAUCCAUCAAAAUGAAGAUGAACCCAUCCGUGUCAGCUAUCACCGGAAUAUUCAUUAUAAUUCAGUGGUGAAUCCUAAUAAGGCCACCAUUGGCGUAGGACUGGGACUCCCAUCUUUCAAACCAGGGUUUGCCGAGCAGUCCUUAAUGAAGAAUGCCAUAAAAACAUCAGAGGAAUCAUGGAUUGAACAACAGAUGUUAGAAGACAAGAAACGAGCCACAGACUGGGAGGCCACAAAUGAGGCCAUUGAGGAACAAGUGGCUCGAGAAUCCUAUUUACAGUGGCUGAGGGAUCAGGAGAAACAGGCCCGCCAGGUCCGAGGCACCAGCCAGACUCGGAAAGCCAGCGCCACAUGCAGUUCAGCCACAGCAGCCGCUGCCAGUGGCCUUGAGGAGUGGACAAGCCGAUCUCCACGGCAGCGGAGUUCAGCCUCAUCACCCGAGCACCCUGAGCUGCAUGCUGAGCUGGGCAUCAAGCCCCCUUCCCCAGGCACUGUCUUAGCUCUUGCCAAACCUCCUUCACCCUGCGCACCAGGUACAAGCAGUCAGUUCUCCGCAGGAGCCGAUCGAGCCACCUCUCCUCUUGUGUCUCUCUAUCCCGCUCUGGAGUGCCGGGCCCUUAUUCAGCAGAUGUCCCCCUCUGCCUUUGGUCUGAACGACUGGGAUGAUGAUGAGAUCCUAGCAUCUGUGCUGGCAGUGUCUCAGCAGGAAUAUCUAGACAGUAUGAAGAAAAAUAAAGUGCACAGAGACCCACCCCCAGACAAGAGUUGAUGGAGACGCAGGAAUUGGACACCAUCUCCUAAACCCUGAUUCUUGGGCCUCUGGUGCCACCCCACAUUCUUUGGCUUUCUUUUACCUCUCUCCUCUUUUCCCUCCUCCACUUUCCCUAUGGCUGGCCCACCCUGCACUCCAUCUCACUCCUGCCUCCAUCAUUUGUCUCCACCAGCUGUUGUGCCCUUUGCCCCCUGCACAGCACCAUCCCUGCAUCCCACAGGGCACUCUGGCAGGGGUGCAGAAGGUAGGCAAGAGGCACACAAAUACACCACCUGACAGCCAGGCAGCCCCAGGAAAGAGUCUCCUGCUUGCUCUUCCUUCUGAGAUCAAACAGUCUUGUCACCACUUCCCCCUACAAAGAUGCCAGUGAGGUGGGAGGACGGAGUGGGAAAUUUCCCUUUCAAAUACCCCAACAAUGUCUGAGCCUUCAAUGUCUAAUUUCUUUAUUAAAAACAUACUUUUAUCUUACAAACCUCAACCAAUCCAAAUUGAUGUAGACAACAGCAUUAAUUCUGUGAAGGUGGCAUCACUGGUUUGGGGGCAGGCAGGCUGGCCAUGGGGCAUGGAAGGUGCAAAAGAUGUGGGUUGCCACUGUUUUCUGGUCUCCAGCUCCCUGUAGGUGGGCUGAGGGCUUAGGGUGUGAGCCAGAGUAGGGACAGGGGUGGCAGGUGUCUAACUGGCUUUGGACAGUGAGACCCUGACCUUGCUGCAUUCCUUUUGCUUCCACCACCACCAGUUGUCUCUCUGGAAUCUUGAGGUGGAGGGCCUCUUUGGGGAUUAUGGCCGCCACCCAAGAUUUGAGUGAAGGGAGUGGGAGCAGCCUUGGCAGAUGGGGCACCCGUGCCCUGCAGGUGUUGACAAGAUCUACCAUCUGUAAUGUCCUUGGCACAAUAAAACCAAAUGUCAGUUUCCCUGA